GCAAGACAUUGUUGGUUUACUUCCUCUGUAACACGUUACAAAUAUUUGCUUCGGAUCACGCCGUUAUCGUUUCCUAGUAAAUGUGGUCCAGACUGAAAGAUGGCAUCUAGAAUCAAGGAAAAUGCACAGUCUGCUUUUGAGGUCUAUAUGGAAGUUGUCUAUCCAGGUAUACAAAGCCGAGCGCCUGCAAUCCGAAGGAAAUUCCCAGAAGACUUCACAGAUGAGAAGAAAUUUGUUGCAAUGAGAGUCAACAUAUUCACCAGAAAAUGGCAUAAUAUCAAGACCAUCCCCUGCAGUGCACCCAGGUUUUAUUGCCAGCUCUCUGAACUCGUGUACUUCAGGUUGCCAAUCUCCAAUUCAACCAACAGUAUCGACAGUGACUGGAUUUUCCACAACACGAGGUCACUGGAAUGCUGGAACCUAUCCCAGCUGUCAAUGGGCAAGCGGCAGGGAAACCGGAGUGCCUGGAGAAAAUCCAUGCAGACACGGGGAGAACGCGCAAACUCCACACAGGGAGGGCUGGGAUUGAACAUGAGUCCUCAGCACUGUGAGGCCAAUGCUUUCCAGGAAACUAUUGCGACUGUGCCCAAGUUCUGCUUUCCGUUCUGCUUGGAUAGUGUCAUAGUCAACCAGAUGGACCAGAAUUUCACAUUUGUUCUGACUGACAUCAACAGUAGACAUAGAUUUGGGUUUUGUCGCCUCUCCUCAAGCUCACACACCUGCUAUUGCAUCCUUAGCUACCUGCCCUGGUUUGAUGUAUAUUAUAAACUGCUGAAUAUCAUUGCGGAUUACACUGUAAUUGGCCAGGAAAUCAAUUUACAAGACCUCCUGCUAUCCCUACAUAAUCUUUCCAUUCCUGAGCCUGGUGUUCCAGUUCAUCUUGCUAUGCAUUUCUACUUCACUGUACCUGACUUAAAAGAACUCCCUAGAAUACCAGAGAAUAGAAAUCUUACAGAGUACUCUGUAGCCGUAGAUGUCAAUAACAUGCUUCAACUCUACGCAAGUAUGCUUUUUGAACGCCGGAUCCUCAUCUGCUGUAGCACCUUAAGCACUUUAACAGCCUGUGUCCAUGGGUCUGCUGCCAUGUUAUAUCCAAUGCACUGGCAACAUGUUUACAUUCCAGUCCUGCCUCAACAUCUUUUAGAGUAUUGCUGUGCCCCAAUGCCCUACCUCAUUGGAGUGCAUUCCAGCCUUAUGGGGAAACUUCAAGGAAUGGCAAUGGAGGAUAUAGUGAUCUUGAAUGUGGACACCAACACCCUUGAAACACCCUAUAAUGACCUUCAAAGCCUACCCUAUGACGUGGUUUCAUCUCUAAAAAGUCGUCUGAAGAAGUUUUUAACAACCCCAGGCGAUGGUGUGGCUCGUGCCUUCCUCAAGAGUCAGGCAUCUCUUUUUGGCAGCUACCGAAAUGCUCUUCAGAUUGAGUGGGGUGAACCAAUAACAUUUCAUGAAGAAACCUUUGUUAACCAUCGAUUUAGUGCCAUGAGAGAUUUCCUUCAGAAUGCCAUUCAGCUUCAACUUUUCAAACAGUUCAUUGAUGGGCGUUUGGAGUUGUUAAACUCUGGAGAAGGUUUCAGUGACAUCUUUGAGGAGGAGAUCAACAAAGGCGAUUAUGCAGGAAGUGAUAAAUCUUACCACCAAUGGCUAAUCACUAUGAAGAAAGGGAGCGGGGCUAUUUUAAACACAGUGAAGACCAAGGCGAACCCAGCUAUGAAGACUGUCUAUAAAUUUGCUAAGGAUCACGCCAAAAUGGGUAUCAAGGAAGUAAAGAGUCGCUUAGGGCAAAAGGAAAAUGUGGAUAAUGGACCAGGGAUCGUUGGGGGCAAAGACUUUGUUGGAAUUAGAGUCCAGAGUGAGGGGCCCACACAUUCAUUGGAUGACCAAAGAACAAAAUGGCAAUUUGGACUGACGCAGUCAUCCAUGCUGUUGAAGAAAAAAUAUCGUAAUGAGGAUCUGGAAAGUUGUCACGACCAGCCACAGCAAUAUUAUUCACUAAGGGAGGAUGAGUGGCGAGAGGAACAUGGUUCUAAUUUGGAUAUAGCUUCUCCCAGUCCACAUCAACAGAACUUCUCCAAUGUCAGCAUACUCACUCAUUUCUUCAGAUGCCUGGACGAGGAUGAUAGCCAACCACUUCCUUUGGCAAAAAGUGUUGAGGACCUGAAUAGUCUACAAGUCCAUGAAAAGCUUCAAGCAAAGUUCGCCUCUCAGCAGAAGCAACACUGUGAAGACUCACAAAUACUUCCUGGCCUUAAGGUUCCUAACACGUACAUCAAUCUGUGGAAUAAAGAACUGCAUCAAACUGAAAUUUUCUCUUGGGAAACUUCUACAUGGAAGAAAACCCAAUCUGCUCAACUUUUUCCACAUACAAUUUCCCACAACAGUUAUAGUUCAGGCCUUGAACCACAACACUCAUCCAACCCAGACAAUAUUCCCAUACCUCGUCCUCACGGAAGGAAAAGUGCUGAGGUUGCAACUCUAUUAGCACCAUUUAUUGGUAAGUCUCAAACUAAAUCAUCUAAUGAGGAAAGCACAAAAGCACGAGGCCAAGAAUUUCAGAAAGGCCUUAGCAACGUUCCAGAGGAUCACAUGGAUUUGAUAAGCCUUCUGGACCCCCUUAAUAAAUCACCACUGAUCAGUUCAACAUCAACAAAGGAUGAAAAGAAUACCGAUGUGUUUUCAGGAUCUCUCAAAACAACAACCCCUAAACCUGACCCAAUGACCCAGCAUCCCCUUCAGCCGUAUCAUCAUAUGUCACCUACUGUCUCUACUCAGUCUGUCUGGCAUCCCCUUCCUCAAAUGGAAUAUUUGUCAGGAGCGAGAAGACCACCGUGCGCAGUCUACGAAACACCAAUUGAGGCUUACCUACACGAUCCAACCCAGCCACGACCUUUUCCUUCACUCUCAGAAGAACAGCAGUUGCCUGCCAGUGCUACUCCUUUUCCCAGUUAUUAUCUGAGUAAGCCUUCCUCUCAGUCAUCAACCAGCAGUCAUGCACUUACAGGAAUAAGAGACUCAAUGCUUGUCCCAAGUAUUGCACCCAACACACUCAUGAGGCCACUUCAAAUGGAAGAAGGAAACCAGAAAACUCAGGAUCUUUUUGGUGACCUAACAAUGAUUGCACCAACUAUACCCCUCCAAAAGAGCAUGGAUCCGCUUCAGAAGAGAUGGGAAACAUUUGACUGAAACCUUGCCAUGGACUUGUUCCUCUUUGACAUAGCCAAAUGUUUUCAUGAUUGCAUGAGAAACCUCUUUGGGAGAAUUUCAAAUCACAUUAUGCUGUCUUGAGAAGACGUACAUUAGUUUCUUGCACAAAACCUAAACUACAAUUAAUUAUAUUGUUUAUAUGAAAUGUUACAUAGCAGAUUAAUACCACAUACAGCAAAAUUUGAAAUGUUUCUCUGACUUGUAAACUAAAAUCCGUUUAGAAAAUCAUUCAAAUUUGGUUUGGAUUAGUUUCAUUUGGUUUCUGUCACCUUACAUUGACACAAGUAUUUGGUGAUUGUAAAGCAAUCAAAUCAAGAUUUCUCCACUCAUGACAACUUCUUUGUCAUUUUUAAAGAAUGUCAGUUAAAAGUCAAUAACCUGUGAAUGUAUUUUGUAAUUUUUUCAGGUUGUACAGAGCCUUCAAAUGUGACAUGUAAGAGGAAAAAAAUAAAGGUGAAAACAAAAAUAAACA